AUGGCACUACCAUUGGAAGUCGACAUUUUGGGACAGCACCCCAUGCUCAGAUUGAUGUACACCAAUCUAAGCUACAUCUUCUAUCUGGAUGGGAGUCCCAAUCAAUCUGCCACAGAGCCUCUCGUCCAGACCCUAACCGAGGGUCUGCAGUCUCUUGCCCAACACUUUCCAUGGAUAGCGGGACAAGUUUCUGGCACAAAGGACGCGCAAGGCAGCUUUCAAGUUCCAAAAAUCAUACCAUUCAAAGAAACACCUCCAUUCCAGACUGCAUGCAGGCCCGAAUUUUCGAUUCAAGCGUUCAGACAAGCGAAUUGGUCGAUGCGAAUGCUGGAUCCGGAAGUCUUUGCACCGCGUCUAAUUCCUCUCGGACAAGCUCCCAGUCCAUCUGAUCCAGCGCCAGUCUUCCUGCUACGGAUGACGUUCAUCACGGGUGGUGUUGUACUUACAUUCGCAGCGAAUCACAGCGCAAUGGAUAUGACAGGACAGACAACGAUGAUACGGCUGCUGAGCAAGGCUUGUCAUGGGAUUGGAUUCAUGGAAGAAGAGCUACGUCUAGGAAAUCGGGAGAUGGAUGCUGAUCUCGGUUUGUUUGGGGGGAAAGAUGAUGAUGAACUCAAAGCGGAGAUAGCUUGUCGGCUCAACAGGCAGACUGAUGAUGUGACAGCUGAUUCAGCAACAUCAAACCGAUCAUCGCAAGACGAUAGUCUUCUACAGCCGGCGAAGAUUACUUGGGGGUAUUUCCAAGCGACUCCGUCGGCUCUCACGAGCCUCAAACGGAAAGCAACUGAAUCAGUCCCUAUUCCCCGAUUCGUAUCGACAGACGACGCUCUUACUGCAUUGAUCUGGCAAACGAUCACCCGUGCACGAUUUCCGCAUCCUGAAACUUCGAGUAGAUCGUUGCUGGCUAGAGCAGUGGAUGUGAGAAAGGCAAUGGGCAUUGCAGAAGAUUAUCCUGGUAUGAUGCAGAACAUGGCGUUCAACAACAUGAAUGUCGGAGAGAUCUUAGAUCAUCCUCUCGACGCACUUGCAACUCAAUUGCGCGAAAAAUUGAGUACCUCCGAGCUUGGAGAUGCAAUGCGAGUGGUCAUGACAUUGAUGACUCGCCGCCCGCACGAGUCACCCAUUCUAAAGUAUCUCAAGCCAUCCGUUGAUGUAUUGAUUACUUCUUAG